AUGGGAUUAAAAGUUCUAAUGUUUUGCACACUAGUUGCACUUCUUAUAUUUUCAUUUGCUGGAAACUGCAAAGGUGUUUCAUGUUCAUUGAAUCCUUGUUUAAAUGGUGGGGAAUGUAUAACACAUUAUGAUGGGAAUGACAUAUGCAGGUGUGCGCGUGGUUACGGGGGAGCUACGUGCAACGUACAGGAUACCACAUGUGAUGUAUCGCAUUGUAACAACGGUGGUACAUGCCAUACUGCAGUAGAGGACGGCCGCACCGUUCAAAUGUGUUUAUGUACCUUCGCAUACACCGGUGAUACUUGUCAAGUGCUGAUAAGUUCGUGCGAGGAAGUGGAUUGUGUGCAAGGCGAAUGCGAAAUACAAGACGGUCGGGCGGUGUGUGUUUGUGAGGAAAAUUACACAGGCCCAAGAUGCAACAACUAUGAUUAUUGCUCCAGUGAGCCAUGUAGGAACGGGGCAACAUGCACCAACCUACCACAGCACUUCAGCUGUACAUGUGCAGAAUACUGGUUCGGCGACACGUGCGAAAAUUUCCGAAGUCCUUGUAUAUCAGUGCCCAAUAUAUGCAAGAAUAAUGGUGUUUGCGAGACUACAGAUGAUCAUUGGUAUUGUGUUUGUCCCAAUGGUUUUGUGGGCAAUUAUUGUGAAGCCAAGAACAUUCAACGCAGCUCAGACCCAUGUACACCUGAUCCUUGUGUUAAUAGUGGUACAUGCGUGGAGAAGUCAGCCACAGUGUACCAGUGUGUGUGUUUACCUGGGUUUGGAGGAACCAACUGUGAAAUAGACAUCGACGACUGCCAAGAUGAUCCUUGUCAUAAUGGAGCUACAUGUAUUGACCAAGCUAACUCACCGUUGUGUCAGUGUGCCCCUGGGUGGACAGGUGCUACAUGCGAACAUGACGUGGACGAAUGCGCACUAAAUCCAUCAGCAUGUUUACAUGGGGGAACAUGUCUCAACUCAGAAGGUUCCUACCAAUGUACCUGUGUUAAUGGUUGGACAGGUGAAGAUUGUGGAACAAACGAGGACAAUUGUUUAAAUAAACCUUGUUUUCAUGGAGCUACAUGUAUUGACUUGGUGGGAAGAUUUGAAUGCAUUUGUCCCCUUAAUAAAACAGGAUUGUUAUGCCAUGUUGACAACGCUUGUGUGGCGGACCCUCCCCCUUGCGCAGCGGGUGCACAAUGCGACACCAACCCAAUAAACGGGCAAGCGAUAUGCACGUGCCCUGCAGGUUACACUGGUGUCAAUUGCUCGCUUGAUCUGAACGAAUGUGACUUGGGAACGAACCCAUGUGAAUAUGAUGGCACAUGCGUUAACAUACCGGGCAGCUACAAGUGUGUGUGCGCUAAUGGUUAUUCUGGCCCAAGAUGUGAGGAAAAUAUAAACGAAUGCGAAUCCAACCCAUGUGUUAAUGACGCAACUUGUCUGGAUAAGAUUGGAACGUUUCUAUGUCUUUGCUUGCCAGGUUAUACCGGGGUAACAUGCAGUGAAGAAAUUGAUGAAUGCGAAUCAAACCCUUGUCUUUAUGAUGGAGAAUGCAUUGACCAAGUGCAUGGAUAUAUCUGUAACUGUGCAGCAGGAUACACUGGUACAAACUGUCAAACCAACAUAGAUGAUUGCGCGUUGGCACAUUGUCAGAACCACAUAGAAUGUGUAGAUGAUGUGGACGACUAUACUUGCAUUUGUCUACCUGGAUAUGGUGGUAGGAAUUGUGAAACGGAUAUUGAUGAAUGUGCAUCAUCUCCCUGCCAUUAUGGUACUUGUGUAGAUGGAAUUAACAGAUACACAUGUAACUGUGAGCUUGGAUAUGGUGGUACAUUAUGUGACACCCCGAUAAAUGAAUGCGACUCCAACCCAUGUCAGAAUGGUGGCACGUGCCACGAUCUUGUGGCCUCGUAUUCAUGCGACUGCCCUCUUGGUACCGCGGGAUCUAAUUGCGAAACCAACAUUCAAGAAUGUGCGUCCAAUCCUUGUCAACAUGGUCAAUGUGUUGAUGGUAUCAACAAAUACACAUGUGACUGUGAUCCUGGCUAUUCAGGCCUUCAUUGUGGAGCAGAUAUCAACGAAUGUUUAUCCAACCCAUGUUAUAAUGGGGGCACUUGCGAAAAUCGACUCAAUUCAUUUGUGUGUCAUUGCCCUGCAGGUUAUAACGACCCAAGAUGUUAUUCGAACAUUGAUGAAUGCACGAGCAAUCCUUGUGUGAACGGAGAUUGCCAGGAUGACAUCAACAAGUAUAUAUGCAACUGCUACCAUGGGUACGUGGGUGUCAACUGUGAGUACGAUAUUAAUGAAUGCGAGUCAUCACCUUGCGUUAAUGGAGGUUCAUGCUUGGAUCUUGUCAACUCAUAUUCAUGCAGAUGCAAGACUGGAUAUGAAGGUGUAAAUUGUGAAACUGAUAUUGAUGAAUGUAGUCCAUCACCUUGUUUAAAUGGUGGUUCAUGUGCAAACCUUAUUGGUCGAUAUGUUUGUACUUGUCCACUGGGAUUCACAGGUAGCGAAUGUGAAACAGCUUUAACCCCAUGUGACCCCAUACCAUGUAAUAAUGGUGGUAGUUGCCAACCUAAUGCUGACUACCUUGGCUACACAUGUGUUUGUACACCAGGAUUUCAAGGCCCCACAUGCGCAAAUGACAUCAAUGAAUGCAUGUCCCCACCCUGUAAGAAUGGUGGCAAAUGUAGAAACCGGGAACCCGGUUAUUUCUGUGAAUGUUUGGAUGGUUAUUCCGGCGUAAACUGUGAGGAGAACGUGGAUGAUUGCGCUAGUGACCCAUGCAUGAACGGUGGAACUUGCCUUGAUGAUGUUAAUUCGUAUAAAUGUCUUUGUAAACGUGGUUUUGACGGCAACCAAUGUCAGAACGAUGUGAAUGAAUGUGAGAAUGAACCAUGUAAGAAUGGAGCUACGUGUACAGAUUAUGUAAACAGCUACGCUUGUACUUGCCCGCCUGGUUUUCGUGGAACAACAUGUAUGGAAAACAUUGAUGAAUGUAAUAUUGGUUCAUGUUUAAAUGGUGGAACAUGUGUGGACGGGAUUAAUUCAUAUUCAUGCAACUGUAUGGCUGGUUUCACAGGUGCCAAUUGUGAGCGCGAUAUAGAUGAAUGUGUUUCCUCCCCGUGUAAGAAUGGAGCACCAUGCAUUCAUGGUAUCAAUACAUUCACAUGCCAGUGUUUGACCGGCUAUACUGGACCCACAUGUGCUCAAAUGGUUGAUUUGUGCCAGAACAACCCAUGUAGGAAUGGUGGACAAUGUAGUCAAACAGGAACUACAUCUAAAUGCUUGUGUACGUCAUCGUAUUCUGGUGUUUAUUGCGAUGUACCUCGGUUGUCGUGCUCUGCUGCUGCUACAUGGCAAGGUGUUGAAGAGACAUCAUUAUGCCAACAUGGUGGGCAAUGCAUCAACAGUGGCUCGACACAUUAUUGCUCAUGUAGGGCAGGUUAUGUGGGAAGUUAUUGUGAAACAGAUGAAGAUGAUUGUGCGAGCUACCCUUGUAAGAAUGGAGCGACGUGUACUGACUAUCCUGGAAGCUACACAUGUACAUGCAUGGAUGGAUUCCAAGGAACUAGAUGUGAAACUGAACUGAAUGAAUGUGAAUCUAAUCCAUGUUUAAACAACGGACAAUGUGUUGAUUUGAUCAACGCUUAUAAAUGUUUAUGUCAAGUAGGGACCAGUGGUGAUCGUUGCCAAGACAAUGAGAAUGAAUGUACCAGCACUUCUUGCUUCAAUAGUGGGAACUGUGUGGAUGGGAUUGGUGGAUUCACAUGUACCUGUGUUCCUGGUUAUGCUGGCCCAAGAUGCGAGGGUGACGUGAAUGAAUGUGUGCCAAACCCAUGUAAUACUGAAGGUUCAACUAACUGUGUACAAGGGAUAAAUAAGUUUACAUGUACAUGUAAACAGGGAUAUACUGGCACGAGGUGUGAGAAAAAACUUACAAGUUGCAGCACUAUGCCUUGUUUUAAUGGAGCCACAUGUACAGAUGCUCCGUAUGAACCCACUGGGUAUAGAUGUACUUGCUCUAAUGGUUAUCGCGGCACCAACUGUGAGGAAGUGAUGUCACGAUGUAGAGAUGGGCUUGUGUGUUACAACGGGGGUACAUGCCAUGAAAACGCAAGUGGUGGCGAAAUGUGUUUGUGUCCUGCUGACUAUAAUGGUGACAACUGUAUAUACUACAUACCUGGUCAAGCUGCAGGUCCUGGAACCAAUAAUAUCAAUAUACCUGAGUUUAUAAAGAAAGUAUGUCUGGAUCCCACAUGCGCUGCAUUGAAAGGAAAUGGGGAAUGUGAUGCGAAAUGUAACACCCACGGUUGUGAGUACGAUGGGGGAGAUUGUUCUUACGGAAAUACCGAUCCUUGGGCAAAAUGUCCGGCAUCUUUACAAUGUUACAAUUACUUUCACGAUGGUGCAUGCGAUGAAGCGUGUAAUAAUGCUGAUUGUUUGUUUGACGGCUUCGAUUGUGAAACGCCACAUGAAGCUUGCCCAGCCGAUUACCAAGAUUAUUGCGAUAAGAAUUACAAGAAUAAUAAAUGCGACAGCGGUUGUAAUACAUUUGGGUGUGGUUGGGACGGGUUGGAUUGCGAUAAAGAUCAUCCGCAACAACCUGCAGCUGGAGAACUGAUAAUGAUCGUCCUUAUACCACCUGAGGAAUUGAUCUCUCGCCAAGCAGAGUUUCUUCGGUUUAUUGGAACUGUGCUUCACUCUGUUGUUGAGUUUAAACUAACAACAUCAGGACAACCUUAUAUUGAAGCAAUAUCUUCACAGUUAUCACGAAAGAAAAGAUCGGUAAUAUCUUCGCUUGGUUGGGAGAAGUUUGUCGGAUAUGAUUCAUCCAUUUAUCAUAACAAGACACACACUCGAUUACGAAGAGCUUCAAACACUUUCUUCUCUAAGGCUCACUUAUUGGUAAACAGCCAGAAAUGCAAGCAAACAUCAUCUGAAUGCAUUGAUACGACUGACAACGCAGCUUCUGUGAUAUCAGCGCGUGCAAGCACAGGAACGUUGGAAGCCGAGUUUCCCAUCAAUACUGUAGCCAGCACUACCAACCCAACCCCCCCACCACAGGAUUAUACAUACAUAGUUGGGGCAGCAGGAGGAGUGGUUCUCGUGAUCGUGAUCAUUGGUGUUCUGACGCACCGCAAGCGAAAGCGUGAGACAAGUACAUUAUGGGCACCCGAAGGUUUCAAUGUUACCAAGAAACAAAGGAGAGAACCCAUCGGACAAGAUGACUUGAAUGGUUUAAACGGCAGCAUCCACCCCGGCGAGCUUACCCAGCUUGAUACAGCAGGAACCCCGUUUUUAAAUCGAUGGGAAAACACCUCGUUGCCCCAGAAAUCCAACCACUACCAUGUACAAUACACACCAGAGAAUAUUACAUUUCUUCCUAACAACGGCACUGUGCCACGCUCACAAAUGUCGAGCUCGGCGCAAAAAUCGUCGAGUCGCGACGACAUGGAACCCACCGACAAUCGCAAGUGGACGCCACAACAUCUGGAAGCUGCGGAUUUAUCACGAGCGGGGUCCGCUUGUACCCCCGUUACCGACCUCACCCCACCCCCGCAUAUAGAUGUGGAUGAAGAUGAUGUUAACGCACGCGGUCCAGAUGGAGUAACUCCAUUGAUGGUUGCCUCCAUACGUGGUGGAGGGGUUGACCAUGGUAUUAGUGACGAUGAAUCCCAACAUAGUGGUGAUGCUGGUAUAAGCGGUGAAGGAAGCGAUUCCAUGAUUGCUGGUCUUCUACUGCAAGGAGCAUCAUUGAGCGCCCAAACAGAUAGAUCUGGUGAAACUGCAUUGCACUUGGCUGCGCGUUACGCACGAGCGGAUGCAGCGAAACGACUCCUUGAUGCAGGAGCGGAUGCAAAUAUGAAGGACCACAGUGGGAGGACUCCUCUUCAUUCUGCUGUGGCUGCCGACGCACAAGGAGUCUUCCAAAUAUUACUCAGGAACAGAGCAACAGACCUUGAUGCAAGAACAAACGAUGGAACGACACCCAUGAUAUUGGCAUCUAGAUUAGCAGUUGAAGGAAUGGUGGAAGAAUUGAUAAGUGCUAAUGCUGAUGUUAAUGCCGUGGAUGAUCAUGGCAAAUCUGCUCUCCACUGGGCUGCAGCGGUGAACAACGUGGAUGCGGUUUCCACGCUCUUGAGAGCUGGAUGUAACAGGGAUGCUCAAACUGAGCGCGAGGAGACUCCUCUCUUUCUUGCAGCAAAGGAGGGAAGUUACGAAGCCAUUCGUAUUUUACUCGAUCAUUACGCUAACAGGGAUAUAACGGACCAUAUGGAUAGGUUACCCCGUGACAUUGCACAAGAACGCCUCCAUACAGAUAUCGUUCAACUACUUGAUGAAUAUAACCUUGUGCGAAGCCCACCACUGCCGGCCAAUCACAUGACGUCACACAUGAACGGACAUGCGAUGAUGUCACGUGACCCUUACCUCACUUCACAGAUGAAACAACAUACAACGGGCAAGAAACCUCGUCGUCAAUCAAAUCGUGCGGAUGGUAAACCUUCUCGGAGGGUAAAGAAGACCCCUACAAGCUCUCAAGGCCCCCCAUCAUCUGUUACCACUGCCGAUAGCAUCACCCCUGUAAUUGACCCCACCCCAAAUAUGGCAAUUCACCCCGGGAUCACCCACGUGGGUGAAAGCACCCUCUCACCCGGCAACAACUCCCUGCCUUCACCCGCUACCACGUAUAGCACCGACUCCACCCUGUCACCCCCGUCUUCCAUGGGCCCCCCAUCGAACGGGACGUACCACCCCCACCUACACCCCCACCAACAAGGGGUUCCGCACCAGUUCAGCAACAUGGAAGAGCGAAUGAUGUCAACGCUCAACUACCGGGGAACCCCCCCACGCCUCUCACACCCCCUACCGCACGGUGGGGCACCAGGGUUAUACCCCGCACGAUCACACGGACACCUUGCAGGCACCCACACUGGCCUCGGGUUCUCACUUGGCCAAAUACCCAACGGACAGGUCCCACAAGAGUGGAUACAACGCAAUGAAAGAAUUCAACAACAGAAUCAACAAAAUCAACAGAUGUACAACGCAGUGAUCAGCCAAUCAGGCGUCCACCACCCGUCACAGUUCGCCGCAUAUCGUGCCCUUGGUUUCCCCGAGCAACAACAUAACAGGGUGGAUAGCGCCUCUAGUGACCAAAGAAGAUAUUCUGAAGUGAUAUACGGCAAAGGGUUGCCUAUAUACAGUCUACCACACACCCAACCCCAGCUAGGCUACACCACUAUACAGGGCGUACCACACCAACACCCAGUAAGCUCUGCAGGACAGACACCUCCAGUGCAAACUGGCACAGUUAUAGCACCACAUAGUUACACCAAUGUAUUGGAGAAAUAUCCGACCCCCCCAUCUGCGCAUACGAUGUCUCCUUCAUCUGGAUCGGAGAACCUUUCACCCCCUGGACCAUUACCCCCUGCCCCCAAGCAUUUGGUGCACGAUCUCUCAUACGAAACCCCCAGCCCCGAUUCUCCCGACCCAUGGUCCAGCUCUUCACCCAGCAACUCAGACUGGUCUGAGGGUAUCCGUAGCCCCCCAGGCCCCAUGCAGGGUCACCACCAUCAUGCCCCACAACCACAGCACCAGAGAAUGCGAGUUUACCCACCACAGAACACCGGGGCUGCGAUCGCCGGCAAAAUGGGGGUAGCUUAA